AAGUAAGCUUCUUCUGUUUUCUUUUGCGGAGAGAAAAAUAAAAGGAAAAAAAAAAAAAAAAAACUCUGCUUCCUUUUCGAAUCUAAUAGAAAGAGAUGCAUCUAUGGCCAUCUUUGAGGAUUAGGGACUCUUUCAAGCUCUCUUAUUUGAAUAAAGUCGAACGGAAUCUCCAUCGAAUGAAGAGCGAGAAGCAAUCUCAAACCAAUCAGAAAUUGCUUGGAAAUCAAAGCGAAAUCAAUGAGAGAGACGACAGAGAAAUACCCAAUUCCAAGAUUGCAAAUAUCCUUUCCUUGUGCAGAGAAUUUCUCAUGAUGUUUACCUGCUGUUAUUGCUGUUUCUGCUGCGGUGCAUGUGAUGAUCAGGAAGACAACUGACACUGUAAUUUUAGAUGAAGGGAACCUAUUGUUGUUAGUGUGUUGACCGGGCAGCCUAACUUGUGGCUUUACUUCGAAUUACAAAAGAAUGUAUCUUUAUUUGUAAAUUGUAGUGACAUGUUAUGACUGAUCUCAA